AUGGAGGUCAAUCGCGACCCCGAGAAAGCGAUGUACCGGGCGAGUUCGCUCGGAAAGCCCUCCGGGCGAUCUUCCUCCCCAAUGGCGGACCCUAUUGUUAGCUCCAGCGCGGAGCAGUCAAACGACGAAUCCGGCCAAAAGACCGGCCCCCGAGACAUCGCACAAUGGCCCAUCACUCCAGAUGUACUACAAAUACGACAACGUAACGAGUCUAACGGUGGGAAAUCGAAGAAGCUGGGUGUGACAUGGCAGAACCUUACAGUGAAGGGCAUCAGCAGUGAUGCGCUUUACAACGAAAAUGUUCUCUCUCAAAUCAACCCAUUCGGGAAGGGCAGAAAGAGCCCACCACUGAAGACUAUUAUCGACAACUCUUCUGGGUGUGUCAAACCCGGUGAGAUGUUGCUUGUUCUUGGAAAUCCAGGAGCUGGAUGCACAACACUGCUUAGUGUUCUAUCAAACCACAGAAAUGGCUUCGCAGAAAUUACUGGCGACGUCUCGUUCGGUUCCAUGACCAGUCAAGAAGCCAAGCAAUAUCGUGGUCAGAUCAUCAUGAACACAGAGGAGGAGAUCUUCUUUCCAGCUCUUUCAGUUGGUGACACCAUCAACUUCGCCACACGUUUGAAGGUGCCCUUCCACCUGCCACCGGACAUCAAGAACGAGGAGGAGUACGCCCAAAUAUACAAAGAAUUCCUCUUGAAAUCUCUCGGUAUCACUCACACAAAAGAUACCAAGGUCGGAGACGAAUUCAUUCGUGGCGUUUCGGGUGGCGAGCGCAAGCGAGUGUCCAUUCUCGAAUGCCUUGCGACUAGAGGCAGCGUCUUCUCCUGGGAUAACUCCACUCGUGGUCUCGACGCGAGCACUGCGCUAGAUUGGACGAAAGCCAUGCGCGCCAUGACAGACAUUCUUGGUCUCACUACAAUUGCCAGUCUGUACCAAGCUGGUAAUAGAAUCUAUGAGCAGUUCGACAAGAUCCUGAUUCUCGACAGCGGCAAGCAGAUCUUUUACGGACCUCGAGAUGAAGCUGUGCCAUACAUGGAGGAUCUUGGCUUCCUAUGCGACCCUGCAGCCAACAAGUCUGACUUCCUCACGAGCGUAUCGGUGCCUGCUGAGGCCCAAGACAAGCACAAGAACCUCCCAAAGAAAGCUGCGGAAUCCGCAGGAUAUUUCCAUCAAGUGCACACGGCUACCAUACGCCAAUUUCAGAUCCUCUGGGGCGACAAGAAAACUCUGUUCAUCAAGCAAGCCUCAACUAUCGUUCAGGCGUUGAUCGGUGGCUCGCUCUUCUACAAUGCCCCGGACAACACGGCGGGCUUGUUCAUUAAGGGAGGCUCACUCUUCUUCUCUCUAUUAUAUCCUACCUUCAUCGCUCUCGCCGAGGUUACGGAUUCGUUCGUCGGCCGACCCAUCCUAGCCAAACACCGAGACUUCGCUCUUCACCAUCCAUCUGCCUUUGUCUUCGCUCAGGUUAUUACCGACAUGCCGAUCAUGCUCUUCCAAAUCUCGCACUUUGGAAUUGUGCUGUACUUCAUGACUGGAUUCCAGUACACCGCCCAGGCUUUCUUUAUCUUUUGGCUCAUCAACUUGAUCUCGGCCCUGGCUAUGACACAGCUGUUCAAGCUCAUUGGUGCCGCUUUCCCGAAUUUCGACGCAGCAACUAAAGCUUCUGGAUUCACCAUCGUCGCUGCCUUCACAUAUGCAGGAUACAUGAUUCCCAAGCCCGACAUGCACCCUUGGUUCGUUUGGUUCUUCUGGAUCAACCCCAUGGCCUACGCGUUUGAAGCAUUGCUCGCGAACGAGUUCCACGACCAGGUGAUUCCUUGUGUGGGCCCAUUCCUAGUUCCAAAUGGCGAAGGAUACAGCCCCGAAACAGGAGGCGGACAAGCAUGUACCGGCGUCCGUGGUGCGCCUCCUGGAGCAAUUAGCGUUACUGGUGACCAAUACCUGGCUUCCAUGUCCUUCAGCCACAGCAACCUUUGGCGCAACUUUGGCAUUCUCUGUGCCUGGUACGUUUUCUUCGUGGCAAUGACCGUCUUCUUCACUUCCAGGUGGAAGCAGAGGGGCGAAGGUGGUCGCGGCCUCCUCAUCCCCCGUGAGAAGCAGAAGAAUGUAUCUAAGGCCCUGGCUGCGGAUGAGGAAUCCCAGGCCGUCAAGAAGCCAUCUGAGAACUCCGGCUCCGAUUCCGAGAAUUCUGACGCAACCAUCGACUACCAGCUCGUCAACAAUACAUCGGUCUUUACCUGGAAGAAUCUGACUUAUACCGUCAAGACGCCGCAUGGCGAUCGUGUUCUUCUCGACAACGUUCAAGGAUUUGUCAAGCCCGGUACACUCGGCGCUCUUAUGGGAUCUUCAGGUGCCGGAAAGACUACAUUGCUCGACGUUCUAGCUCAACGUAAGACUGACGGUACCAUUCAUGGCUCCGUUCUAGUCGAUGGUCGCCCGCUCCCUGUGUCCUUCCAGCGAUCUGCCGGCUACGUCGAACAGAUGGAUGUCCACGAGCCAUUGUCCACGGUGCGCGAGGCUUUGGAAUUCUCUGCUCUUCUUCGUCAGAAUCGUGAAAUUCCCCGCAAGGAGAAGCUCCGCUAUGUGGACAUGAUCGUCAAACUUCUACAGUUGGAAGAUCUCGAGCACACUCUAAUCGGUCGCCCUGGUGCCGGUCUUUCUGUCGAACAGCGCAAGCGUCUCACAAUUGGUGUUGAGCUCGUAGCUAAGCCCAGUAUUCUGAUCUUCCUCGACGAACCUACUUCUGGUCUCGAUGGUCAAGCUGCAAACAACACAGUACGCUUCUUGCGCAAACUCGCGGGAGUCGGACAAGCUGUCCUCGUCACGAUUCAUCAGCCAUCGGCCGAGCUCUUUGCCCAAUUCGACACCCUCCUCCUACUGGCGAAGGGUGGCAAGACUGUAUACUUUGGCGAUAUCGGCCAUCAUGCAAGGACCGUCAAUAAAUACUUCGCUGAUCAUGGCGCACAAUGCCCCCGAGAGGCCAACCCUGCCGAGCACAUGAUUGAAGUCGUAUCAGGAAGUCUUUCUAAGGGCAAAGACUGGAACCAAGUCUGGCUCAACUCGCCAGAGCACGAGAAGAUAACUCAAGAGCUUGACACUCUUGUCGCCGAUGCCGCCGCCCAACCGCCUGGAACUGUCGACGAUGGCCAUCAAUUCGCCGCGCCCAUGUGGGAGCAGGUAAAGCUUGUCACGCACCGCAUGAACAUAUCCUUGUUCCGUAACACCGAGUACAUCAACAACAAGCUCAUCUUGCAUAUACUCCUGUCUCUUUACAACGGCUUUUCGUUCUGGUCGAUUGGUAACAGCGUCAGCGAUCUCCAGCAACGCCUCUUCACGGUCUUCAGUUUCCUUUUUGUCGCCCCUGGUCUCAUCUCCCAGCUUCAGCCUAUCUUCAUCGAUCGCCGCAACGUGUAUGAGACGCGCGAGAAGAAGAGUAAGACCUACCACUGGGUGCCAUUCGUCACUGGCUUGAUCGUUUCUGAGUUGCCCUACCUGGUCGUCUGUGGUGCGUUGUACUUUGUGUGUUGGUACUGGACUGCUGGAUUGCCAAAUGAUACCAAGUGGGCAGGAAGCACAUUCUUCGUCGCAAUGUUUUACGAGAUGUUGUACACCGGUAUUGGACAAUCGAUCGCCGCGUACGCUCCCAACGCAACAUUUGCAUCUCUCGUCAACCCGCUGGUCAUCACCACCCUCGUAUCAUUCUGCGGUGUCUUCGUUCCUUACUCCCAGAUCACACCUUUCUGGAGAUACUGGCUCUACUACCUCGAUCCUUUCAACUACCUCUUCGGUGCCUUCCUCACCUUCACCACCUUCUCCGUCGAUAUCACUUGUGAACGGGGUGAGCUCGCGGUCUUCAAUCCUCCUGCGAACGAGACAUGUGGCGACUAUCUCUCCGCCUAUCAGCAAGGCAUGGGACGUGGCACGAACCUUUUGAACCCAGGCGCUACGGAGAACUGCGAGGUGUGCCGAUACACUACUGGACACGACUACUUGAAGACACUCAACUUGAACGAAGAGUACUACGGCUGGAGGAAUGCCGGGCUGGUUGUAUUGUGGGCUGGAGUGUUCUACGCCCUGGUGUUCUUGAUGAUGAAGCUGCGAACUAAGGCGACGAAGAGGGCAUCUACGUAG